AGACAACUUUUCAAUUUUGCCCUCUUUGAUAUUAACCUAAAACAACAAUUUAAAAUUUCGCCCUUUUUAAUAUUAACCUAAAACAACAAUUUAAAGUUUUGCCCUCUUAAAUACCUAAAACAACAAUUUUAACUCUUUUGCCCUCUUUAAUAAUGAAGGGAAAAAAAACAAAAAAGGAUUAAAAUGACACACUGUUCUAUUCGAUUCAAUUUCCCCGCAAACAAACAGUGUUCUUUCGAAAAGAGUGUUCUACAAAAUCUUCAAUCUCACUAACAUGUUCUACAAAAUCUGGUGAUUUUGGGCAGUAAUCUUCGAUCAUAAUCUUCAAUGGAACAUUGAAAGGACCAGUUCUCCCUACCAAUUCAUCGUUUUAGGGAUUGGACGUUUCUCGCCUUCGAAUUCAGUUUUUCAAGCCUUCGAAUUGACGUUUCUCGCAGAUUUUCUUAGCAAUUUCCUAAUUCGAUCGCAUCUUCAGACUCUUGUUGAAGGCAGAUGGAUUCAGAGGCUGAAGUAUCUUUAUCUCAACCAUCGCUACAGAGGAAAAGAAAAGGUCCUUUUCGUGGUCCCAGUAGAGCAUUGAAGUACAAGAAGUUGCGACAAGUGCAGCCUCGAAAGAUUAGUGUCGAUAUUCCAUCAUCCUUAGGAGCCGCUGUGGGUGAGCAUGCAUUACAGUUCAUAGGAGAAUGCUCUGAUUGGGUGAAGGAAAUGUGUCCGCUUAAUGUUGAGAAGUGGUCUGACAUGCCUGAAGACGUUAUAGAUCGCUUAUAUGGAAAAAUUAAGGCAAAAUUUGCGUUGGGUGAAGGUGCACACAUUACCGAUGCUUUAAAGACACAAUGUUCAAGCCUCUAUAGGCAUUGGAGAGAGAGAUUGAAGAGUGAUCAUUUUUCAAAAUGCAAAUCUCUAAAGGAAGCGGAACAUGCUUGCCCACAACGUAUUGAUCUUAACCAAUGGAAGUGGCUGGUUUAUAACUACUGGAGCACUCGCAAACAGAUGACAAGAAGUGAAAAGAAUCGUGCAAAUGCACUUUCAAAGAAGAUACAAUCAGCUCGCGGGGCUAAAUCCACAGCUAGGAUUAUAUACGAGUUGGUUGAGGAAGAGAAAGACUCUAGUGUUGAGGCCGAGAAUGGGGAUGACUCUGAAGCAAAUACAUCUACUUCUACUACCGUAACACAAACAGAAGCUGAUAAUGACCCAAUGUAUUUGAAAUUGUGGAGAAAAACAAAACAGCAUAAAGAUGGUAGUUUUGAUGAUGAGGGUGAAGCAAAGUUCAACGAAUUUAAAAAGUUACACGAGAAAGAAAUUCAAGAGAAUGGCAUUGAUAAUCUUUCCAUAGACGAGGCUUACAUGAAGGUGCUUGGACAUUGUUCGGGGUACGCCCGGGUCUUGGUAAAGGACAUCCAGUGGUGGACAAGGGUGGGAAGAAAGGUAAAGCAGAAUUGGAGGCUGAGAUUCAACAACUAAGAGGUAAUAACAAUGCAAUGCAAGCUGAAAUAGAUUUUCUAAAAGCUGAAAGUCAGAGAAAGGAAAAGGAGGCAAAGAAAGAGAGGAAAGACUGGAAAAGAAGAUUGAGGUCAUUAUGACUUCACUUGGACUUUGAUAAGGGCAUUUAUGAAGAUAGCAAGUUAUGGAGCAAGAAAGGACCCUCAUUUCUAUCAAAUUCAAGUCACUUCUUCCAUGUUCAGUACAUAAUUGUUAUGUUAUGGUUUUCACUUCAAGUGAGCCUUAUUGUGU